CCGCGGGUAACAGACGAAAACCUACUAGUCAUGAAAUGAAAUAGGCUACAGUACCAACCGAGCUCUCUGUCCUGUUUAUUACCUCAAAUGCCGUCCCGUUCAUUAUACUUUCUGACUCAGGAUAAGGGAGUUAUCAUGACUAAAUGACAUUAAGGAAGAUGACUGGGGCAAUGAUUGGUCAGACUCGUUCCUGGCUGAGAGCCAAGUCUGUUCUGGUUCCCGAGGACUGGCUUGAGGCCUGUGUGGAAUGGAUUAAGGAAGAAAACCAGGGCAACAACAUCGUACAAUCCCGGAUCAAUGACUUGGUAUUUGAACAGUGGCUGUUAGCAGACCUCCACGAGCUCGGUACUCGGUGCCUACCUAAUGGGCUUGCAGAGGUUGCAAAAUACCAACUCUCUGGCACCUACGCUCUCCAAAUCGACUCCAUGGUGGACGUGGGAAAGUCGUUUUACUCACAGCUACAAAAAGUACAAGGUAACACCAACUCCAAUGCUGAGGUGUCAGCAGAAACCAGUGACCAAAAACCGUGGGAACCCAAACCUUCACAGAUGAUGAUGUUGAACCUGACUGACGGCACUAACAACAUAAAGGGAAUGGAAUACAAACCACUGACCUGUAUAAACAAUAACCUCCAGCCUGGCACAAAGGUGAUUGUCAGUGGCUCUGUGCUGUGUAGAAGAGGGGUGCUGUUUCUGACCAACAAUAAUCUCCAAGUGCUGGGAGGGGAAGUGGACACUCUAAUGGAGGAAAACACAAAGGUCAAACUCCUCCAGGACGCACUGGAUUCAAGUAUGCAUAACGCUGGCAGUGUUCACAGACAGGAAUUUAGUGACACAGACAUCAAACCUAGCCAGUCAUCUGUCAGAAAUUCUACCUUAGCUCCUAACAAUAGGGGAGGAUCUGCAUCCAUGAACAGAAACCCAGCAAUGCCAGGGGGGAACUCAAGACCCAGUUCCAGUAUCAAACCUUUGGUUGAAGAUGCUGUUUUAGAUGAGUGGGACAUGGAAGACUUGCCAAUGGACGAGAUGAUGGAUGAACUGGACGGUAUGGACAUGCCACAACCUGGUCACCGCAACAAUAACACCAACAGGGUUGUAUCAAGCAACGGGACCAACACCCAGUCCGCCACUGCAGCAAACAGCAGAAACAACAAUUUGUCCACGGCUAGGAAUGUUCAACAGAACAAGAACACAUCAGCCCAGUCUUACCGUGGAUCCUACACAAAUGGUGGGCUGAAGCAGGAACAGAACGGUCAAUCAAAAUACAACGAAAAUGUUUCUUUAAGGAAUUUGAUUUCUGACUCGAGAGCAGAUAGAAGACCUUCUCCUGAAGAGGCGCCAAAUCGAAAGAGACAAAAACUUAGUGACAGUUCUAGUGCAUGUGUGAAAGAGGCUUCGAUGCCAUCAAACUAUGAUUCCAUGUUCAAUGACGACUUCGAGGAUGACUUUGAUGAUUUUGAUGAUGUUCCAUCUUCAGUAAUUGUGAAUAGAAGUGCUUCAAAUUCAAAAGUGAUAUCCAAACCAAUGGUUAAAAAUGAACCGGAUACGUUUGAGAUUUCUGUUGGAGAAAAUGCUGGGGAAAAGGUUAAAAAAUUGUUGUCUCCCCUUGAAUUAAACACACAAAAUAGCCAGGAAAGGCUUGUGGGAAGAGGUAUGGGGAAAAGUGUUAAAAAGCCGUUAUUUUCAACUUCAUCUAAAGCAUCCAUUGAUGAUAAUGUGGUUAACGUACCUGUUAAAUUAGAAUCUCCCUCACUGGUCAGCAUCGUAUGUCCUUCAGCUGUUGUGAACAGGAGGGUCAGUGGUGGUCAAGUUACUCUGGACAAGUUUGUAAGGACCCCUCCAAGUAGACGGAUGGACAACGGAUCACCUAUCGGGCAAAAUGGAAAUGCAGCGAAAAAUUGUGAUGGACAGAAAAAAUUAACAGACUUCCCUUUGGUCAAAACUUCCUAUGGGAUUGAUGCUGAACCGUUCACAUACCUGUCUAUUGUGAAGAAACAACUGACCCCACAGGACAGUGUUACAUUCAAAGUCAAGGCUUACAUCUCAACUCUAAUUGGUCGACUAGACAGCUCUGGUGGGAAGGAGUGGACACUGGCCUGUAAGAUUAACGACGGGUCAGACAGUCUGGACGUUGACCUUUCCAGCGGGGUUUUGACAAGUCUGAUUGGAUUUUCAGCUCCUGACAGCAUGGUGAUGAAAAAAAGGUCGAAACACGAUCCCAGCAUCAAAGAUGUACUUGUGGAGGGCUUACAACAGUGUCAACAGAAAUUGAUAGAGCUACUCUGCAUCAUGGAGAUACGAGUGACGCCCUCUAAAUCCCGGCCAGAGGUCGUAGCCCUUCACCAGAUGACUCCUGGGAGGAUCAACGCUCUCCGUACUAGAGUCACUCAAUCUUUGGACAAUAAAUAAUUUAUUUCCUGUU